AUGGUUGAAGGUAUUUGCAGAAAAUUUCUCUGGACUGGUGACACCAAUGCAAGUAAGAAAGCUCUGGUAUUUUGGGAGAAGAUGUGCAGGCCUAAAUCCAAGGGAGGACUAAACAUCAUUGAUCUCACUACAUGGAAUAGAGAUGCACUAUUAAAACAACUCUGGAAUGCUUGUAUGAAGAAGGACAAGUUAUGGAUAAGAUGGGUGCAUGUUUACUAUAUAAAGGGGAAGAUUCCAUGGCAAGUAGAAGCGAAGCAAGCUUUAUGGAUUAUCAGAAAAAUACUACAGGCUGGGAAAUAUAUAAAUAAAGCAAGGUUGGAUAUUGGGAAGGUGUUAGGGACAAAAUCAUUCUCUAUCAGGGGAAUGUACAAUCAAUUGAGAGGAGAUUUCCCAAAGGAAAAUUGGAGCAGACUAUUAUGGAAUAACAAAGGUUGUCCAAGGUGUAAGUUCAUAUUAUACCUUGUUGUACAUGAGAAGCUAUAUACCAAAGACAGAUUGAGCAGCUGGGGAUUACAAGUUAAUCCAAAUUGUUCACUAUGUGAUCAAGAGCUGAAAGGUCAUCAGCACAUGUUCUUUAUGUGUAGAUUCUCAGCAGAAGUAUGGGGGAAGCUGUUAGCAUGGAUAGGACUGGUACGAAGGGUAACUGGAUGGAAUGAGGAGCUCAAAUGGACAGCAGAUCAUAGGAAAGAUAAAGGGUCGAAAACCAUGAUGUACACAAUGUGUAUUACAAGUGUUGUUUACCAGAUAUGGAUGGAAAGAAAUAGAAGAAUUUUUCAGCAGGAAAAGAGAAGUAGUGAAGCUAUCAUAAGACAGAUAAUACAAGAGAUACAUUGUAUAAGAAAUGGGCAGAGUAGCUUAAGGAAUGAACUUCAAAUAUUAAAUUUAUAUCCUUAUGAGUUGUUAGAGUAG